CAAUCUUUUCGCAUAUUCCGAAGAAACGCAAGGACGAAUGGGAUCCGAGGGAAGUGAAGCCGCCGCGAAUCCCAUGCCGGAAUGGGACCUCGCCGCCGAGAAGGAGCUCGUCGCCGCCGAGAAAUCCUACCUUGCCAAGCGCAAGAAGCGCUUCCAGAUUGACCCAGCCUCCGCCUCUGGCUCUCCCUCUCAUUGCCCCAAAGCUCGGCGUUUGCCUGCUUGGACUUCUCUGUCUCCGGCUCACCGAUCGGGAGACCAUAACGCUCUCGCUCCUACUCAUGCGAUCCCGAAUUCUAGAAAUGGAGUCUGGAAUCUUGCUCCUCAUGUUCGACCAGUUAAUUUAAAAGUGAGGCACCAAUCUUUUAAUUUUGGUGGCCAUAUUGUAUAUAGCAGGACAGUUCCUGAAGUUGAGCAAUCUGCAAGGGAGCUCUUGCAAAAAAUCAAAGGCAUGGAAAAGAAUAUGGAGCCAGUUUCUCUUGGAUUUGACAUUGAGUGGAAACCAGCCUUUGGUCGAGGAGAAACACAAAACAAAGCUGCAGUAAUGCAGAUAUGCAUGGACUCCACUCAUUGCUAUGUAAUGCAUAUAAUUCAUACUGGCAUACCUCCUAUAUUGAAAUCUCUUUUGGAGGAUACUUUCAUCUACCAAGGAGUAUGUGUCGCCAAUGAUGCGACUAAAAUUUGGAGGGAUUACAAUGUACGUGUAGAAUGCUUGCAAGACCUUUCAGUUCUGGCAAAUCUCAAGCUUGGUGGAGCCCCUAGAAACUGGAGCUUAUCCUCACUGACGGAAACACUCACCUGUAAAGAGCUCGAGAAGCCGAAGAAAAUAAGAUUGGGAAACUGGCAAACAAAUAUCUUAUCACAAGCACAACUCCAAUAUGCUGCCACCGAUGCUUAUGUAUCUUGGUACUUGUAUCAGGUUCUAAGAAGCUUUUCCAACACAAAGGCGGAAACAAAUUCUUCAGAGAACAUGAAUAAUGCAGAAUCAUGACCUAUAAUUCAGCCAUUGAAGCUCCUGCAUGGAACCGGAUACCAUUCGCAUAAUGAAUUUCAGGUACAACAUUCAAAGGUUGUAAACUGCUCUAUUUCCCAUGUUAGGAUCAAGAGAAUAUUAAGAAGCUGAGGCAUAUAAUGCUGAGAUUCUUAUGAAAAAUUCCUGUUGUUUAAUUUGAAUAAGUUAGCAAAGCUUGGUUCUCUCACUAUCAUCAACUUGUUACUGAUAUUCUGCAGAUGCUUUGUAAACUUCUGGAUUGUUUAUGAACAUCACAUUCACCUUUAAUGCCAAAAUUCUGUUGCCAUGCUUUGAUGUUCAAUAAAGUUAA